AAAAAAAAAAAAAAAAAGAAAAGAAAGAAAUGGGAAAAAGAGAUGCUGCUUGGAUUUUGGAGAAAGCACAUGAUUCUCAUGUGUGUCCUGAGAAAGUUAUUACAUCCAUUUCAGCGAGCUGGGGCCCAUUUGAACCAUUCCUAGAGUCAGGCUGUAUGAGUAUUUGGGAGAUUUGGACACUGGCCGUGUGACACAACCCUUGGGGGUCGGGUGGCUUCCAAACCCUGUUGGGGGCAAGCUUUGCAGGAAGUGAUGUGGUGUCAGUGUUGCAGUACAUUGGCAGCUGUCAGUCAGAGAUGUAGUUGCAAGGUGAUAAACACCAAGAACUUAGGGGAAGUCUAAAGAGUAUUUUGGCCUGAUGCCAUGAACACAGUGCCAGCUAGAUAGUAAGCUUUCCAUAAAUGGUAGCUCGCCCUAAGUUGAGAUACAUAUUAAUUUCACUUUGAAAUGUACUAACUUUACUUCUGAGAAAUAUGGUAAUGUCUGUCCUGGCUGAACCUGUUGGUUAAGUAUUGCCAAAGAUUUACCGCUCUAAAAUUAAAGUUAUGAUUUUAGAUAGUUCCCGACCUGUGGUUGACUUAAACAUAUGGAUUGUAUGAAUCUGUUUUCUUGCUUAGUUUAUUUAGGAUAUAUUUGGAUACAUUAGGAAGUAACAUUGCCCAAAACUAGGGCAGUCUAUGGAUAUGGAAAGUUCUGGGGACUUUUUAAUAAUUUUCUGAUUUGGGUGUCUUUUUAUACCUGCCUUUGAAAUAUGAUGGGGAUAAAACUAUUUCAUUCAUGCUUUAUGGAGCAGGAACUUAGGGCCCUUAUCAUGGCUCAUUCAUCUGUUCGGAGGGAUUGGUUUUUCACUGGGAGUGCUGGCCCUGCCCCAGGGCCGUCAGUGGGAAAGCAGGAAGCUUUGUGCAUGAAUCCUUAUUGCUAUCUCAGCUUUCACAGAAGCCAGACAAACACACCCUUGGUGAAACAGUGGCUUUACACCAGAUGGGGUGUGGUCAUCUGUCAGCAUGUCCCAGCUACAAUCAGCUGUGAGCCAGAGAGUCCAUCUCAAGGUCACCCCCCUUCAGUCAUGCUUCUGCACUCCGUGGAGGGCAGACAGUGCUCAAGAAGAAUUUCCUGGAAGGAACACUGUCUGUCCACUCUGCAGCAGUAUCCUACAUCUUCAAGACGGCUGCUUGCUGCUGAAUUGCGGUUUUUAAAAAAAUAAUUGUCAAGACAAGAAACAUUCCUAUGAAAUUUGUCACUGAGCCUUCGUGGAAGGAUGAGGUCUAGAGCAUUGCUCAUCACAUCACAGUGGCCUCAGAGGACCGGCAGUAGAGACGCCUGUCUGAUCCGAGUACCAAGAACCAAGAACUCCUGUGCUUCCUUUGAACCAUCAAGAUUUGGACAUUGUGAAUUUUACAACUGCCAUGUUUUUCCUAUUUGACUUGGCUAUUAUAAAGCUUACUGUUAAAUGGAGCUAGGUUUUUGGCACAUUCUCAUAGACUUAGAUGAAACUGUGAUGGCCACCGCAGGGGGCAGGUGCUGACAUCGUCCCCAGCCCUGUGGCUGUUCAUCCAGACAUCAUUUCCAACCUCAAUAUCUAAAUGCCACAGUGCUUUUGGAGCAAGCCGGGCUGGGGACCACUGUUGCCUUUUAAGACCAUAAAACCAUGGGAAACGCAGAAAGUCAACAUGUAGAGCACGAGUUUUAUGGAGAAAAGCAUGUCAGCCUGGGGCGCAAGCACACCUCCCGCUCCCUGCGCCUCUCGCACAAGACGCGGAGGACCAGGCACGCUUCCUCGGGGAAGGUGAUCCACAGGAACUCUGAAGUGAGCACCCGAUCCAGCAGCACCCCCAGCAUCCCCCAGUCCCUGGCUGAAAAUGGCCUGGAGCCCUUCUCCCAAGAUGGUACCCUAGAAGACUUCGGGAGCCCCAUCUGGGUGGACCGAGUGGACAUGGGCUUGAGACCUGUGUCUUACACUGACUCUUCUGUCACUCCCAGCGUAGACAGCAGCAUCGUCCUCACAGCAGCCUCUGUGCAGAGCAUGCCAGACUCUGAGGAGAGCAGGCUUUACGGGGAUGACGCUACAUAUUUGGCUGAGGGAGGCAGGAGGCAGCAUUCCUAUACAUCCAAUGGGCCCACUUUCAUGGAGACGGCGAGCUUUAAGAAGAAACGCUCCAAAUCUGCAGACAUCUGGCGGGAGGACAGCCUGGAAUUCUCACUCUCUGAUCUGAGCCAAGAACAUUUAACAAGCAACGAAGAAAUCUUGGGUUCCGCUGAAGAGAAGGACUGUGAGGAGGCUCGGGGGAUGGAAACGCGGGCGAGUCCGCGGCAGCUCAGCACCUGUCAGAGAGCCAAUUCCUUGGGUGACUUGUAUGCUCAGAAAAACUCUGGAGUGACAGCAAACGGGGGGCCAGGGAGCAAAUUUGCAGGCUACUGUCGGAAUUUGGUGUCUGAUAUCCCCAAUCUUGCAAACCAUAAGAUGCCACCAGCUGCUGCUGAAGAGACUCCUCCGUACAGUAAUUAUAACACACUUCCCUGUAGGAAAUCUCACUGUCUCUCUGAAGGUGCCACCAACCCACAAAUUAGCCAUAGCAACAGCAUGCAAGGCAGAAGAGCUAAAACAACUCAGGAUGUUAAUGCAGGCGAGGGCAGUGAGUUUGCAGACAGUGGGAUUGAAGGGGCCACUACCGACACGGACCUCCUGUCUAGGCGAUCUAAUGCCACCAACUCCAGCUACUCACCCACCACAGGCCGGGCCUUUGUGGGCAGCGACAGCGGCAGCAGCUCCACCGGGGAUGCGGCUCGUCAGGGUGUGUACGAGAACUUCCGGCGGGAGCUGGAGAUGAGCACCACCAACAGCGAGAGCCUGGAGGAGGCCGGCUCGGCGCACAGCGAUGAGCAGAGCAGCGGCACCCUGAGCUCCCCGGGCCAGUCGGACAUCCUGCUGACCGCCGCGCAGGGCACGGUGCGCAAGGCCGGCGCCCUGGCCGUCAAGAACUUCCUGGUGCACAAGAAGAACAAGAAGGUGGAGUCAGCCACCCGGAGGAAGUGGAAGCACUACUGGGUGUCCCUGAAAGGAUGCACGCUAUUUUUCUACGAGAGCGACGGCAGGUCUGGGAUAGACCACAACAGCAUCCCCAAACACGCCGUCUGGGUGGAGAACAGCAUUGUGCAGGCGGUGCCCGAGCACCCCAAGAAGGACUUUGUCUUCUGCCUCAGCAAUUCCCUGGGUGAUGCCUUCCUUUUUCAGACCACUAGCCAGACGGAGCUUGAAAACUGGAUCACCGCCAUCCACUCUGCCUGUGCCACUGCGGUCGCAAGGCACCACCACAAGGAAGACACGCUCCGACUCCUGAAAUCAGAGAUCAAAAAACUGGAACAGAAGAUUGACAUGGAUGAAAAGAUGAAGAAAAUGGGUGAAAUGCAGCUGUCUUCAGUCACUGACUCAAAGAAAAAGAAAACAAUAUUAGAUCAGAUCUUUGUCUGGGAGCAAAAUCUCGAGCAGUUCCAGAUGGACCUGUUUCGUUUCCGCUGUUAUUUAGCCAGCCUUCAGGGUGGGGAGUUGCCAAACCCCAAAAGGCUUCUUGCUUUUGCAAGUCGACCAACGAAAGUGGCCAUGGGCCGCCUUGGAAUCUUUUCCGUAUCAUCAUUUCAUGCCCUGGUGGCAGCACGUACUGGUGAAACUGGAGUGAGAAGACGUACUCAGGCCAUGUCCAGAUCCGCGAGCAAGCGAAGGAGCAGGUUUUCUUCUCUGUGGGGUCUGGAUACUACCUCCAAAAAGAAGCAGGGACGCCCAAGCAUCAAUCAGGUGUUUGGAGAGGGAACCGAAGCCGUAAAGAAAUCUUUAGAGGGAAUAUUUGAUGACAUUGUUCCAGAUGGCAAGAGGGAGAAAGAAGUGGUCUUACCUAAUGUUCACCAGCACAACCCUGACUGCGACAUUUGGGUCCACGAGUAUUUCACUCCAUCCUGGUUCUGUCUGCCCAAUAAUCAGCCUGCCCUGACAGUCGUCCGGCCAGGGGACACUGCACGGGACACCCUGGAGCUGAUUUGCAAGACACAUCAACUGGAUCAUUCUGCUCAUUACCUGCGCCUGAAAUUUCUAAUAGAAAACAAAAUGCAGCACUAUGUUCCACAGCCCGAGGAAGACAUCUAUGAGCUGCUGUACAAAGAAAUUGAAAUCUGUCCAAAAGUCACUCAGAGCAUCCACAUUGAGAAGUCAGAUACAGCUGCUGAUACUUAUGGGUUUUCACUUUCUUCUGUGGAAGAAGAUGGUAUUCGAAGGCUGUACGUGAACAGUGUGAAGGAAACCGGCUUAGCUUCCAAGAAAGGCCUGAAAGCGGGAGAUGAGAUUCUUGAGAUCAAUAAUCGUGCCGCUGACGCCCUGAACUCUUCUAUGCUCAAAGAUUUCCUCUCACAGCCCUCGCUGGGCCUCCUGGUGAGGACCUACCCCGAGCUGGAGGAAGGAGUGGAGCUGCUGGAAAGCCCGCCCCACCGAGUGGACGGCCCUGCGGACCUUGGCGAGAGCCCCCUCGCCUUUCUCACCAGCAACCCAGGGCACAGCCUCUGCAGCGAGCAGGGCAGCAGUGCUGAGACCGCUCCAGAGGAGACCGAGGGGCCAGACUUGGAAUCCUCAGAUGAGACUGAUCACAGCAGCAAGAGUACAGAACAGGUGGCCGCAUUUUGCCGCAGUUUGCACGAGAUGAACCCCUCUGACCAGAGCCCAUCUCCUCAGGACUCCACGGGGCCUCAACUGGCGACCAUGAGACAACUCUCAGAUGCAGAUAAGCUGCGUAAGGUGAUCUGCGAGCUCCUGGAGACGGAGCGCACCUACGUGAAGGAUUUAAACUGUCUCAUGGAGAGAUACCUAAAGCCUCUUCAAAAAGAAACUUUUCUCACCCAAGAUGAGCUUGACGUGCUUUUUGGAAAUUUAACGGAAAUGGUAGAGUUUCAAGUAGAAUUCCUUAAAACUUUAGAAGAUGGAGUGAGACUGGUACCUGAUUUGGAAAAGCUUGAGAAGGUCGACCAAUUUAAGAAAGUGCUGUUCUCUCUGGGGGGAUCGUUCCUGUAUUAUGCUGACCGCUUCAAGCUCUACAGUGCCUUCUGCGCCAGCCACACAAAAGUUCCCAAGGUCCUGGUGAAAGCCAAGACAGACACGGCUUUCAAGGCGUUCUUGGAUGCCCAGAACCCGAAGCAGCAGCACUCAUCCACGCUGGAGUCGUACCUCAUCAAGCCCAUCCAGAGGAUCCUCAAGUACCCACUUCUGCUCAGGGAGCUGUUCGCCCUGACCGAUGCGGAGAGCGAGGAGCACUACCACCUGGACGUGGCCAUCAAGACCAUGAACAAGGUUGCCAGUCACAUCAAUGAGAUGCAGAAAAUCCAUGAAGAGUUUGGGGCUGUGUUUGACCAGCUGAUCGCUGAACAGACUGGUGAGAAAAAAGAGGUUGCAGAUCUGAGCAUGGGAGACCUGCUUUUGCACACCACCGUGAUCUGGCUGAACCCGCCGGCCUCGCUGGGCAAGUGGAAAAAGGAACCAGAGUUGGCAGCCUUCGUCUUCAAAACUGCUGUGGUCCUUGUGUAUAAAGAUGGUUCCAAACAGAAGAAGAAACUUGUAGGAUCACACAGGCUUUCCAUUUAUGAGGACUGGGACCCCUUCAGAUUUCGACACAUGAUCCCCACGGAAGCGCUGCAGGUUCGAGCUUUGGCGAGUGCAGAUGCAGAGGCAAAUGCUGUGUGUGAAAUUGUCCAUGUAAAAUCCGAGUCCGAAGGGAGGCCAGAGAGGGUCUUCCACUUGUGCUGCAGCUCCCCAGAGAGCCGAAAGGAUUUCCUGAAGGCUGUGCAUUCAAUCCUGCGCGAUAAGCACAGAAGACAGCUCCUCAAAACUGAGAGCCUUCCCUCAUCCCAGCAAUAUGUCCCUUUUGGAGGCAAAAGAUUGUGUGCACUGAAGGGGGCCAGGCCGGCCAUGAGCAGGGCAGUGUCUGCCCCAAGCAAGUCUCUUGGGAGGAGGAGGCGGCGGCUGGCUCGAAACAGGUUUACCAUUGAUUCUGAUGCCGUCUCCGCAAGCAGCCCGGAGAAAGAGUCCCAGCAGCCCCCCGGUGGUGGGGACACUGACCGAUGGGUAGAGGAGCAGUUUGAUCUUGCUCAGUAUGAAGAGCAAGAUGACAUCAAGGAGACAGACAUCCUCAGUGACGAUGAUGAGUUCUGUGAGUCCGUGAAGGGCGCCUCAGUGGACAGAGACCUGCAGGAGCGGCUUCAGGCCACCUCCAUCAGUCAGCGGGAAAGAGGCCGGAAAACCCUGGAUAGUCACGCGUCCCGCAUGGCGCAGCUCAAGAAGCAAGCUGCCCUGUCGGGGAUCAAUGGAGGCCUGGAGAGCGCAAGCGAGGAAGUCAUUUGGGUUAGGCGUGAAGACUUUGCCCCCUCCAGGAAACUGAACACUGAGAUCUGACUGUGUCACCUGCCCCGUAGAGAAUGUGUGUAGAUACUUCCUGCCCUAACUCUGCCCACCCUCCUGUACCGUCGACAAGAAUGUCCCCUUAGGUCGCGCUCUUGCACACACGGUUUUGGCAGCUGACUUGGUUCUGAAGCCAUGUAGCCACCCAACUUUGUCAUUUUCAACAACAUCAGAAAGAAUUCCUCAGAAUCCCAAAUAAGCUUGAGUCCUAUCUUCUGUAUAUUACUAAGGGCUUUUAUUUAUUCUCAAUGAAUCAGGGCCUGAACCAUUAAAAGAAAAAAGAUUCUAUAGCACUGGAAAGCAAAUCACCCCCAGGAGUUAAUGGAUGUACGACAGAUUAAUUUAAGGGAUAGUAGCACACACACGAUCCUUCUAUCUGGAAUCAGUCUCCUAGUUGGGGAAACCUCUUUCACACACAAAAUGAAAUGAAACGUGUACAGCUUGCAGUGUUCUGACUGUACCCUUCCCUCUUCCAUGUCUGAGAAUCUCUGUGUAUUUUAAGAAUGUGUGAGGAGAGGGUGGCGAUUCAUGUUUCAAUGAGCCUUUUUUUUUUCUCCUUCCUGUUUUGGUCUAUGGCUGGUCUUAACUCUGUGUCCAUGUUCGGAAGCUCUAGUUUUGCAUAGAAUUAUAGAGAUGCCAAACUCUUUGAAAAGAGAUCCAAAUUUAUCGCUUGAGAGAAAGAAAAGAAACACUAUUUUUUGUAUUUUACCUGAGAUACAGGGGCACAAAUAGAUGAGAAUUUUACAGUGUUAGUGUAUCCCUGAGCCUAAAAAAUGAGGAUAUAACCUUUUACAGAGAGAGUGAGGCGUGGUGGUUUUAUAUUUAUAUAUGAAAGGCCAACAAGCUCAUGCUAAGGAUAUACUUUUCUUCCAAGAAGCGGAUUUUUUUUUUUUUUUUUUUUAACGUUUGAAUCUAUAUUUGAGAUGGGAGUUUGGUUGGAUUAAACAUGACACCCAGUUGGGCGGUGUGUGUGUCUGUUGCACGUGGCAGGGAGGGGAGCCUCCUUCUCAUGGGGUUGCCAUGGUGAUCACUGGUUUUUCCAUCAAAAUUGCAUCUUCAUCCAUAGAUUACCUUCCCCUUCCCUGACAGUCCAUAACCAAACCUUUAAACAGAACAACCUCUUUAAAAACUUCUCUUGUGUUUAACACUUUCUUCAUGCCAACGAAACAGGGUAAACAUGCUCAAAACAUUAACAGUCUAAACAGAUAUCCAAAUACUAAGAAGAAAAACAAGUUAUAGCACUUUCAACUUUUUUUUUUUUAAAAAGGUUUAUAGCUUUUUCUUUUCCCAUGUCACAAUGUGUGUCCACUUCCUAAGAAGGGUUUAAAAUACUAUGAAAACUUUCUUUUUGGGGAAAAUAUCUAUUUGGUGUUUGACACAUCAGUAGGUACUUUAAAGACCUGAAUUUUAUAGUAGCUUUAGGAGUUAUAUUUUAUAAAAAUCAGUUAUGACUUUAUAUUUCCAGACAAUAGAGAGUUCAGUACAUCAUGCUCUUGUGCCUCUGCCUGCUUUUCCUGCGUUCCCACCCUGUAUUCCCCCCACCUUUCGGGUUUCCAGGGCUUCGAGCUUGAUCUUUUGAAAGUUUUAUUCUAUUAAAUUUUUGCUAUAUCUUCUGGUUUUCUUAAAGAGCUUUAGAAUGGUUUCUAUACCCUUUGUAUCACUGCAUUUUUCCAUAUCAUCUCCGGUUCGAUCACAUCCAGAUGGAAAACGGAAGCAGAGGCUUCUAAUCGUCGCAUUUACUGGCUCCAGUGCAACACAUCCAUCUGAAAACACUCGGAAGUCUGGUGCUUGGAGAGGGUGCCAUUGUCUCUUGUACAUAAGGUCAUGACGUGUCUAUGUCAAAAGUUCUUAUAUAUUUCUUUUAUAAGCUGAAAGAAGGUCUAUUUUUAUGUUUUUAGGUCUAUGAAUGGAACGUUGUAAAUGCUUGUCAGACAAUAAAAAUAAUGAAAAGUG